GGACAGCCAGUGCUUUCAAUGUCUACUGUAUGAGCAUAAGAGGCUCAACUUCGCCCAAGCCAACAAGCUAACCCACGUUUAUUAGUCGCAGAUGAGCAGCAUCUUCGGAUUAAUAGGACAUAGUUCUGGAGCUUCCUCAACCAUCACAGGAGACACCUGCCACACCACGCGCACCACCAUGGCCACCGUCACUUUGACCCUUCCGGUCCAGCCGGACAUUCAGUAUGCUCCGGACUACCAGAAAUUUCUGGCCCGGACUGCGCGCCGAGUUCAAGAGCCUGAUCUUCCCAGAAGCUUGCCUGAGGGACUUCCGCAGAAGUUCACGAGCGAUAUGGUCUGGGAGGGGGCGACUCUAGCCAACGAGUACGAUUGGACUUACGCCCUAACACCUGAACAACUCGACGAACUUGAUGCAGCGCUGGCUCACUUCAAAGCGCUGAAUCUGCCGCUCGGCCACAUCAAUCAAGAAACCUUUCCCCUAUCGAAGCUUCACUCUGAGCUUCGAAAGCUCUCGUUUGAGUUGCACAAUGGGCACGGUUUCUUUGUCGUUCGCGGCCUCCGUGUGGAUGAACACACAAGAGAAGACAACAUCAUCAUUUACGCAGGCUUAUCCUCGCACAUCGCUUCUCAGCGAGGUCGCCAGGAUAGGCAGUAUGACGGGAAGCCGGCUGAUGUCGUUCUCACUCACAUCAAAGACUUGACCUUGACGAAGGACAAGGGCCAGAUUGGCAGCCCUGCUUAUACUGCGGAUAAGCAAGUGUUUCAUACGGAUGCAGGAGACAUUGUCUCUUUGUUUGCUCUAUCGACUGCCGCGGAGGGCGGCACGAGUAAGUUGGCAAGUAUCGCCAGGGUUUACAAUGAGAUUGCGAGUACGCGUCCGGAUCUCAUCCAUACUCUCACGCAAGACUGGCAGUUUGAGGUCUUCGGCAAGCCCGAGAAGUCCUUCACUUCCCGCCCGUUGGUACACUACCAGCCGGCUACUUCGACAACGCCUGAGCGUUUAGCUGUACAAUAUGCUCGUCGAUACUUUGUCGGUUACGGUGCACUUCCUAGAAGUGAAGAAAUCCCCCCGAUUUCUGAGGCUCAGGCCGAAGCACUGGACACUCUUCAUUACCUCGGGGAAAAGUUCGCGGUCAACCUGGAUUUUCAGAAAGGCGACAUUCAGUAUGCCAAUAACAUGGGCAUCUUCCACGCUCGUGAUGGGUUUACCGAUACUCAAGACCAACAACGUCAUUUGUUGAGGCAGUGGUUGCGCGACCCAGAGUAUGGCUGGGAGACGCCAGAACCAUUAAAGGAAAGAUGGGCUCAACUUUACGAGGGUGUUACUGCAGAGGCUCAGGUAUUCCCUCUAGAACCAUUCAUCCGUAGUGAAGGAAACAAGAGUAAAGGAAGGUCAUAGAUCGGUAAAUGGUAGCUUGGACUAGCAUGGCAAAGUCAUUGACAUAGAGGUGGUAACACUCUAUUCAAAUAAAUGCUCUCAAAUGUAGCUGGCCUACGGACUGCUGUUUCUCUACCCCAUGCGGGGGCCCGCUUAAUUAGGAACAAGGUUGAAGUCAUCAUCGCUCUUAAGCGCUCGCUUAGUGAUGAGCAAAAAGGCGUGCCAAGAGACCAGGAUCAGACCUGGAGGAG